ACGACGACAUGCCGUCACAGCAGCAGCAGCAGGUGGGGUCGACGCGGUGGUGCCCGACGCCGGAGCAGCUGAUGAUCCUGGAGGAGAUGUACCGCGGCGGCCUGCGCACGCCCAACGCGUCGCAGAUCCAGCAGAUCACGGCGCACCUCGCCAGCUACGGCCGCAUCGAGGGCAAGAACGUCUUCUACUGGUUCCAGAACCACAAGGCUCGCGACCGCCAGAAGCUGCGCCGCAGGCUCUGCAUGAGCCAUAACCUCCUCUCCUGCGCGCAGUACUAUGCCGCCCACCACCACCACGGCCACGGCUUCCUCAGAGGCGUCGCACCGCCGACUUCUCUUGCGGCCGCGGCGUACGGAUGCAGCGUCUUCGACCAGGCGGCCGCCGGCCAGCUGCUCUCCCCAACGUCGCCCACCCCGGCUGCCGCAGCUGCCUACGGGUAUUACUACCCCGCCACAGCCUUCGCUGCUGCACCGGCGAGCAGGUGCGCCGGCGCCGCCACUCCCCCGUCGCCCAGCUCACUGUUUCACUAUCAGGGCGGUGGCGGGGUUGUGGCGGCGGAGUCGCUCGGCCGGCCGGAGUACUCGCUGGGAAAGCUGGACAACUUCGGUGUAGCGUUGGACGACGUCGUGAGUACCGCCGCCGUCGAUAUGGGGCCGCCAGGGUUCGAGGUGGCACCACCGACGGCGCCGUUCUGCCGGCCACUCAAGACGCUGGACCUCUUCCCUGGCGGGCUCAAAGAAGAACAACACGACGUGGUUUGA